AUAUUAAUACCUCACCCUCGGAGCAUGGCUCGGUUUCCUUUUCUUUCAGCAUCGGCAUGGGCCACGGCGUUUGUUCUCCUCAAUACCUUAAUAACGUCGGUGCGAGCCGAUGAUGCGUCAGACACAGUACAGGCUACGGACAGCAGUGGGACUGUGGUAGCACUGGCCGUGGACCGAUAUCCCGCAUUAUACACAGGAGACUUUGGAGAUUGUAUGGGAGGGCAGAGCUUGAUCAAUAUCACAUCGUUCGAUGCAGCUUAUUACAAAGAUAACAUGACAGUUUUGUUCAACCUGGCUGGAUCCAGUAAUUUGAGAAAUGAGUCUCUCAUGUGUAAGUGGACCCUGGCAGCCAUGAAUGUAGAUGGCGAAGAUAGAUUCGACCUCCUCUUCAACCCUUGUAAUGCAAACUUUGAUACUCUAUGUCCAAUGAACAGCAGUGUUCCUAUCAUCGGUCAGGCCAUUAUCCCAGUAUCAACAUCCGAUGUAUCAGCUAUCCCAGCCAUUGCUCUGGUUAUCCCUGAUUUCGAAGGUUCCGCCAUUCUCCGAAUCUUUUCCAAUGCCACGCAGACCCAGAUUGCAUGCUUUUCGUCAGUUAUGAGGAACGGUGCCAGCUUUUCACACCCAGCAGCGAUUGGCUCGGUACUUGGGGUUUUCACCGUCGUUGCUCUGCUUGCUUCGUUCGCCACAGCCAUCUACGGAAUCAGCGUUCCUAAUAUUCGGACACAUUACGCCCAUUCACUCUCCGUCCUGGUCAUUUUUGAAGUCUUCCAGUCAAUAUUCUUCUCCGGUGCAUUGUCUGUCAACUGGCCAAGUGUCAAUGCUGCGUGGUUGAGUAAUUUUGCCUGGUCUGCGGGUAUGAUCCACAGCAAAUCUAUGAUCGACUCAAUUGACAGCUUUACUGGUGUUUCUGGUAAUGCAAGUCAAGUUGGUGGAGCCGGAUCUACCGUUCUCAACAAUAAUGGUGGUCUUCAACAGCAGAUCUACGGACGCUCUUUGGAGCUCGUUAAUCCAUUUUCCAAGAGAGCCGAAGAGCUUGCAAGCCGCCUUUACAAGAGGGCAGCGGCUUCCAACGCUACUUCGGAUCCAAGAUUGUUUAAAUGGGCCGGACUUCCUGUUUCUCCUGGACUGCCAAUUCCCGGAAACUGGUCUAAUUUUGCUGGUGAACUCUCUGAUGUCGGUGUUCCAGCUGCGGAUGCUUUCACCGUCGGCUUCGUAUGGCUUCUGAUUUUAAUCCUCAUCCUUGUUGCACUUACAGUAGCAUUCAAGUGGGUUUUGGAAGGAUUGGCUACCAUUAAAUGGAUCAAGCAUGAUCGCCUCGCCCUAUUUAGAAGCCACUGGCUUGGAAUUACCGGCCUCGUUGUUCUCCGCACUUUAUUCAUCUCGUUCUUCAUGAUGAUGACGUUGUCCAUGUUUCAAUUCUCCUAUGGAGGCAAAUCUGGUCCGAUUGCCAUUGCUGCCAUUGUCUUUUUGAUCUUCUUCGUCGGAGGCCUGGGUAUUGCUUUCUAUGCCUGCUUCUACAGAGUGAAGUUUGGGCAAUACCAAUCCUCGCCAGAGCGGAUCCACUUGAAGCAGAGAAAGAUUAUGAAGUUUAUUCCAUGGCUCACACCAGUUCGCGAAAGCAAACUCGAAGAAUCAGAGAGAACUAAAAGUGCGGCAUCUGUAUCUUUCUUCAAAUUGGAUUUCGUUGGAGAUGAUACUGAAGGGCAAAACAGCGUCCACGACAAUGUUGCCUACACAAAACGCUUCGGAUGGCUCUCCGCUCGGUAUCGACGCACCAGAUGGUGGUUUUUUGCAUUCUGGGUUGUCUAUCAAUUCGUGAGGGCUUGCUUUGUUGGUGGAGCUCGUGGCAAUCCACAGGCUCAAGUAUUUGGGAACUUUGUGUGGGAGGUUAUUGCUUUCAUUGCAAUCGUCAAGAUUAACCCAUUCGAAGGUGCCAGGAAUACAGCGCUCGCAGUAUGGAUGCUUGGUAUCAGCAAAGUCGCCACUGCCGGACUUACGAUAGCAUUCCUCCCUCAAUUCAAUGUUGCCCGAAUUCCAACAACGGUCAUUGGGAUUAUCAUCAUCAUCGUUCAGGGUCUGCUUACCAUUGGCCUCUUGAUUCUAAUCGUUCUUGGUGCAUUCUCCAGCUACAUGUCACUCACUCGCAAUCGCGAAGAGUUCAGGCCACAUGGAAUGGAGAACAUUAGAAUGAAGUACUUUGGCCAUGUCGCAGACAAGGCAACGGAUUUGCCACCUCCACCUCCACCUAUUCCAGAAGAACCAAAGGAGCCAUACUUCAGCGUCAAUGCUGUUCGACGAGCUCCAAAAAUUGAAGAUGAGGACACUGUUCCGGAUCUGGCAAACUUGCCUCAUCCAAACACAUCUCAGCAUUCAUUCCCCAACAGACAAAGUAGAGCCAACAGUAUGGCACAUAGCAUGAGAAGUACCAACGCGGGAUAUGGUAACGUGCCUUUUGGCGCUCGCGUUCACAGAGCAAGUUGGAGUUCUCGAGAAUUCCAGAACUGGCAAGAGAACGAAUCGUCUAGAGCACCAGACUCGCCAUCAACAACUCAAUCAAGAGUUGGUAGUGGUCACAACACUGCGAACAAUUCAGUCUCAAAGACACCUCUCGUCCGACCUUCCGCAUCACAUUCAAGUUUAAGAUCGUCGACACCGGCAAAGGGUUCGCUCACGCAACACGUUCAUGAGCGGAUGUGA